GGCAAACAUUACAUGUGCGUAGUGUGACCGUGUAUUUUGUGCAUAUUGACAUCGAUAGAUUUGCCUGCCGAUAUUGAAGUUAUCGAUAUUUUGAGUAACAGCUGUUCGACAAAUAAUAUGCGUUGCGCUGUGAAUGGCAAAUGUGACGCGUAUGGCGAAAAUUUGUGGGAAAAAUAAGUUAAGUGAAAUUGAGGAAAACAGCAGAUAUACAACAUGAGCGAGACUGUGGCAGAUGCCACUGCCGUUCAAGUGAUGGGCAGCAACAAGAUACACUUUUCCAAGGAGGUGAAGCAGGUUAUUGACAAGGUGCUGAAAACAGACGAACAGGAUCCAAUGGACGCACCAGAUUUCAACACAGUGGAUUACAUUAAUCAAUUAUUUCCCAAUGAGCAAUCGCUGGCCACAAUCGAUGAGACAAUACAGCGCAUGCAGUGUGAAGUCUCGCUGAUUGAUGACAAUAUACGGUCCGUGGUGCGCGGCCAGACGAACACGGGCCAGGAUGGUCAACUGGCGCUGUGCGAGGCACAAAAGGUGAUCAGUUCGCUGUUCAGUCACAUUAUCGAUGUGAAAACCCGCGCCGAACGCACCGAGGAAAUGGUCAAGGAAAUCACGCGCGACAUAAAGCAAUUGGAUUGCGCCAAGCGGAAUCUGACCUCGGCCAUAACCACGCUGAAUCAUCUGCAUAUGCUUGUGGGCGGCAUUGAGAGCCUAAACGAGCUAAUUGAACGGCGCUCCUAUGGCGAGAUUUUGAAUCCACUGCAAGCCAUCACUGAGGUGAAUCAACAUUUCCAGCAGUACUCGGACAUUGACGAAAUCAAGAAUCUCUCUCAGAGUGUGGAUAAAAUUCAAGUAACGCUGGCUCAGCAAAUAACAGAGGAUUUCAAGGAGGCAUUUGCCAACAAACCCUCCACGCAGCACAGAUUGGGCUUAAAUCAGCUGGCUGAUGCGUGCAAAGUGUUGUCCGUGCUGGAUGCCAAGGUGAAAAAGGAGCUGCUCAAGUGGUUCAUAGCACAGCAGCUGGAGGAGUAUAUGCAUUUGUUUCACGAGAAUCAGGAUAUUGCCUGGCUGGAUAAAAUAGACAAACGCUAUGCCUGGCUUAAACGACAUCUGCUGGACUUUGAAGAUAAAUAUGGCUCUGUGUUUCCGUUAGACUGGGAGGUCUCCGAGCGCAUUACAGUCGAAUUUUGUCGCCAGACACGCCAACAGCUGGCACAGAUCAUGGCCAAGCGCACCGCAGAGAUUGAUGUGCGUCUGCUAUUGUUUGCUAUUAACAAGACGCAAGCCUUUGAGCAGCUGCUCUCCAAGCGCUUCACGGGCGUCACCCUGGGCGCCACGCCCGCCGAACAGACUCGCGUCCUAACGCUGCCAGCUGCGGCAGAGGCAUCGCUUACCGUGACCGUAUUCCAUGAUCAAAUUGGCCAGUGCUUUAAGCCCCAUCUGGACAUUUAUAUACGCAGUAUUGAUCGAAAUUUAUCGGAGUUGCUUGAGAAGUUCAUUGAGAUGUCCAAGGAACCGUACAAGUUUGCAGAGGCCAAGACAACAGUCUAUCCCAGCUCGGGUGAUCUAUUUGUCUUCUACAAGAAAUGCAUGGUGCAGUGCAAUCAGCUGAGCAAUGAGCAGCCCAUGUACGAUCUGGCGCUGGUCUUCAAGAAAUAUCUGCGCGAAUAUGCCGCCAAGGUGCUCGAGGGUAGCACGCCCAAGCUGGUCACCAGCAGCACGGGCAGUUCCAUCGGCAAAAGCGUCUCCCUGUUAACGCGCGACAUGCAAAAUCUGUCGACAGCCGCCGGUCAGGUGUUUCACAACUUUCUCAAGGAGGGCGACACACAGCGUUUCAGUCGCGACGAUCUGGUGCGCAUUUGCUGCGUCCUGACCACCGGCGAAUAUUGUCUGGAAACAGUGCAACAGCUGGAGGAUAAACUCAAGGAGAAGGUUACCGCCGCCUAUGUCAGCAAGAUAGACAUGAGCGAAGAGAAAGAUGUCUUCCAUCGCAUCAUUUCCAAUUGCAUACAGCUGCUCGUACAGGAUCUGGAGGCAGGCUGUGAGGCCUCGCUGCAGGCAAUGGCCAAGGUGCAGUGGCAGCACAUCAGCAACGUGGGCGAUCAGAGCGCGUUCAUCAGCAGCAUUUGCGGCAACUUUAAGCAAACGGUGCCCGCCAUACGGGACACGCUCGCCAGUUCCCGCAAAUAUUUUACGCAAUUCUGUCAUCGUUUCGUGGCCGCGUUCAUACCCAAGUUCAUUAAUGUGCUGUAUCGCUGCAAACUGACGUUGUCGGAUGGCUCCAAUAAUGUGCUCGGCUGUGAGCAGCUGCUGUUGGACACGCACUCGCUAAAGACGGCGCUGCUGGAGCUGCCGUCGGUGGGUUCGAGUGUCAAUCGCAAGGCGCCCACCAGCUACACCAAGGUCGUGGUCAAGGAUAUGACCCGAGCGGAGAUGAUUAUCAAGGUAGUGAUGACGCCAGUGCAGCCGCCGGCGCAUUUUACGCAGCAAGUGCUCAAACUGUUGCCGGACAUAACCAUAGCUGAGUAUCAGAAAAUCUUGGACAUGAAGGCGGUCAAGCGUGUGGAUCAGCUGCAGCUGAUCGAUCUCUUCAAGCACACAGCCUCCGCGGCCGCAGUCAGCGGUCUUUUGGAGCCAACCAAUAGCGAGGAGGAAUCGCUGCCCGUUGCCAAUGAGGUGCCUGCGCCAGCAACAGAGGAAACCGAAACAGAUGCGAAAACCAAUUCGUCGUCUCUAGAUGCCACAACGGCGCCCGCAGCUGCAACGAAUGCGACGCCCAAACGUGCAUUCAUCUUCAGCGUGGGCAGCUUUACGGGCAGCGCGGACAAGAAUGCCGAUGGCAGCUCCCAGACAGGUAUACGCAAGCUGGAGAGUCUGCUCAAGAAACGUUUUCCCUAGUCAAGUCCACUAACUAACUAGUAAAUACAACAAUCAAAACAUUCCAUUAGUUCGAUGUAAUUUUAAACAGCAGCAGCAGAUGUUCCACAUUUCAACGAAUCGAAAGCCUAACUUGAAGUUAGUAUUUGUUUCUUAAAGAAUUUACAAUGAAUAUUUGGAGAUACUUUAAAGAAUGUCAAGGCUAUUUAUUUUCAUGAUUGUCAAGUAACAAAAUUAUUGAAUAACUUGUGUAAUAUUUAAGAAAGUUUUGAAUAUCCUUUAAAUUAAUAUGAGUCAAGAGAGAUAAUUCUUGAAAAGAUUAAGUAAUUUAAUUGGAAAAAGAAACCAGUCUCGAACAACUUUAAAUAUUUUUUUAAGCUGGAAAAAAAUGGCAAAUAUUUGUAAACUUUAAAAGAAAACAGUUUUCAAAUUUUCUUUUGUCAUUUAUAGAACUUCUUAAUUAUUUAGAGUUGCCUUUAGGUUUUUUUUGCAUUUUAAUGUUUGACAAAAGAACUCAAGUUCUUUUUUGCAAAAGAUUUCGAGCGAACAUCCUGAAAAAUAUGUUUCGAAUGAAGUCAAAUAUAAAACUCCGAAUAUAGUAGUUUUUUAAAGAUAACUUUUCCGAAGAGCUGUCAUCAAUAAAAAUGUUUGCAAGAAACGAUUUGGCAAGAGUAAAUUCUAUGAUAAAUGACAAACAAAAAAAAAAAACCAAAAAUUGUAAAACAAAACGAAUAAUGAAAAGCAUUUCAUGUUGGUUUACUGGAUAUUGUAUUUGCUUUUAUUGUAGACUUGACUGCUUAGUGUUAAAAAAACAUUUAACUUAUGUGACUAUAUUCAAAAAUUGUAUUCUUAUGUGUUCGUUGUGCUAAUGACUACGACAAUGUUCGCUUAAAGUUCUAUGUGGAGCGCUUACAAAAACUAGGAUUUGCUUUUUAAUGCCUAUGUACAUGCAAACUAGGUUUAACUAAUUCAAAAAUCGUACGAUCUAUAAUUUGAAGAUCUUUUGAAAGUUUUUAAAGUCGCCCAAUGGGUGCGCACAAAAAAUACAAAUCUCUAUAACAAAAGACUUAAGACACGAACUAAACAACUACA